UAAGCAGAGGAGGAUGAUCCGCGGUUAGACGAGAAUCCCGCAGAUGGAAGCGAGCUCACAGUCUCUCCUUGCUUACAUCUAACAGAGGCUAUUAGGAUUAAAAAGAAAAGAAAAAAACGCAACAUUGACGGACAUUUGGGAACAGUAGUAAGACACUUGAACACCUCUUUGCUUGGUUCGUGGAGGACACAUAGUUACUUAGACUAAAUUAAUUUAUCCCCAUAAAAAAUACGCGCGUCUUACCAGUUUGGAUGUCCACUGAAGUCUACUCCAUGUGCAGCAUCUGUUGGAGAGUGCGUGCGUUUUAAUGUCAGUUUUUGUCUCGCUCUUUUACUUCCAGCGAUACGUGUGGAUGUACAGCAAUGACAUUUCGAAGAUGCGCGAUUUCCGUUCCGUAUUUUCAAGAGGAUUAAACAGUUGCUUGCCCUCUCCUGGAGUUGACAAAAGCGUCCUUGGAGCGUGAGAUGCAAUUGUUACAUGAAUGCCACGCCGAACUCAAGGCUUUAUCAAGCCGUCCUCUUCCUCAUAUUUGACAACGGAACAUUCAUCAUAUUUCUGAAGGUUGGAGAGGGAGAUAAAUUGUUCCUUAAUUCCCGUCGGGAAAAACUUUAUUUUUCCAAGACCUUCGUAUAGUGGAGUGGUACUCAUGCAGGGCCAUCCAUGCCGCGGGCGCCAGAACAGAGUUUGUAAAACUUCAAAAUGAGGCUUAGAAAUUCGGGAUUAGGCUAUCUGUUACUGCAGUUUAUAGCGCUGUCUUUCCACACACAGAUCUCUGUACAGCACCCGCCAAACUUUAAGCAACACGUCAAUGAGCAAAGCCGCCUUUCGGACAGAAUGAGCCGAAGACUGACCAGAACGUAUCAGCUCUACAGUCGGACAAGUGGCAAGCAUGUACAGGUGCUGGGAAACAAAAGGGUCAAUGCCAACGGCGAGGACGGAGAUAUCCACGCCAAGCUCAUUGUGGAGACUGACUCAUUUGGGAGUCGGAUUCGUAUCAAAGGAGCAAGGACAGGAUACUACAUCUGUAUGAACAAGAAAGGAAAGCUUAUUGGAAGGAAAAAGGGCCACGGCCGCGACUGCAUCUUUACGGAGAUCGUGUUGGAGAACAACUACACGGCGCUGCAGAACGCCAAGUACAAGGGCUGGUACAUGGCCUUCACGCGCAAGGGCCGACCGUGCAAGGCCUCGCGCACCCAGCAGCACCAGCGGGAGGCGCACUUCAUGAAGCGACUACCCCGCGGACACCUCCUCACGGAGAGGAGGCCCUUCGACCUAAUCCCCUACACCGUCGGCCGAAGGACUAAACAGGGCCGCCAACAGCAGCAGGCUGUCAACCGGUAGAGGAGGAAGAGGAGGACCACAGUGGACAGUGUUCCAGGCUGUGAACUUGUAGGGGUGGGGUGGGGGGGGGUGGGGUGGACUCACAGAGAGAGAGUACU